UUUAAAAAUGUUGUGGAUGGAAACCUAUUUUUUCUACUGUUCAGUACGUUUAGGAGUUAUUGUGGUGGCAAUUUUCACUUUCUUUCAAAUGCUUGUUCCAACCGUUCUAUUAAUGGUACUUGGUAUCGAGAUUAUGGAUCCUGUUGUAAAUCUUUUUAAAAGCGAUGAUCAUUAUCAGAACUCUUUUCUUGUUGGCAAGAUCAUAAACUGGAUUGAAAACCAUCCAAAUGAUUUUGUGCUCAUAUUUAGCAUAUAUUUCUUUUCACACAUGGCAACUUGUGGACUAGCAAUUUAUGGAUCCUUCAGGCUACUUAAAUGGUUUUUAGCCCCUUUUAUAGUAUCGGAACUCAUACGUGUGAUUUACUGUUUGACCUGGCAUAUUGUUUUAAUGAUUAUAUUGAAAAAAGUCAUCAAUCUGGGAGUAUUAAUAGCUUUUACACUUUUAGGUGGAUUCAUAAUAUUGUUUUUGGCUUAUAAUUGGGCAGCAUCUGUAGCACUUUUUCAAAUUUUUAGUCUGGUCAAUAGUGAACGUUAUAGGAGGCUCUAUGGCGAUGAUCCAAUUCAUCCAUACAUACUUCCAUCUGGUAACAAUGUAGAAGGCUAUCAAAAUGUGUAUGGCGCUAUUGAAAAUAUUCGUGUCUUGGUAACACCAAAUUACAACGAUAUUGAUGAACUAAAGCAAAAGCAAACAAAAUCAAAAUCUCCUCAGGAGAUCAUAAAGGUUAUACCAAUAAGCAAGAAGAGAGCCAAUUACGAAGGUUUACCAAUUAUUAGCAACUUGCAACGAGCAAAACUCAAUCAAGUUUCGCGCCAAGAUCAACACCCAAGUGAAUAUCAACAGAAUAAUUAUGCAGAAGAUUACAAUUCGUCGGUAAAUUAUAAUUUCUGGCAAUGGAACGAAUUGGGCGGGAAGCCCGCAAAACGUAGUGUCAUCACAGAUUCUUAGGGUAUGCAAUAUGCAUUCUAAAAUAAAUUAGAAAGAAUCAAGCGACAGAAAAUUGUGAAUA